AUGGCGGAUCGUUUGACGCAGCUACAGGAUUGCCUGGACGACCUACUUGCUCAAAUGUAUGCGUCCUUGAAUUACAUCCAACUCAAACAUCCAUACGCGACUAUUGAGGGCCAACCGAGUCAGGCGCCUGAGCCUUCGGAGCCGCGAAACUCUGCCAAUGCUGCUGAGCCUAAAAAUGCAACACCAGGAAUUCAGGCGAACGGCGAUUUGAAUGCCCAAAAUGGGCCGAGUGAUCCUAACACACCCUUGCCGGAAUCCCCCGAUGUCUUUCAGAACGCGCUCCGCGAAAUCGCACAGGAUCUCGUCGUCAAAGAGCAACAAGUUGAACAUCUUAUCAAUUCUCUUCCCGGGCUUGGCAACAGCGAAAGUGACCAAGAAGAACGCAUGAGAGAGCUGGAGCUUGAGUUGCGAAGCGUUGAAGUGUUGAGGGAGAGAAAGGAAGCCGAGCGAGAGGAACUGAUCGACAUGCUUGGUAAAAUUAUCACCAAGGUGAAAAGAGUGCCUUGA